AUGAAAUUAUCAAUAUCAGUCUUAGCAGCUUCUGCAUUAUUAUUCACAGGUAUCAUGGCUUCACCAAUUGCUGUUCCAAGUGCUACUGAAAGCUCAGCUGCUUCUAAUUACAAUGAAACAAUUUCUCCUUCUGGUAACUCAACUGAUAUUUCGAUGGAAGGAGCAACCGUUUGUAUCCAAGGAACUAAAAAUCUUAUGUGUUACGGUGGAACCUAUAAAAAAUGUGUCAAACACCGUUCAGUUUCCGAAAGAACAGCUCCUAACACUUGUGGUUUCUGGUGUAACAAAUUUGAAAAGAUUGAUGAUUGUGGAUUUAAUAAGCUGAAAUACAACUAUCAUCCAGAUUGGUCUUGUAAAGAGGCAAGAUACGAUUGUUGA